UGCUCUUCAGAUCUGAGAAAUCCAGCUCGCUUUCAGCAGCUCCCCCGUUAACACGGACCAAAGUUAUCCCGGAAUAAGGACAGCACGCAUGUGCCGUCAACCCGGAUGUAGAUAUUUUUGUGCGCGUAUUUUCCCCAUUUCGCCAAGUUAUGACUAAUUUGCUGUUAAGAAUGAAUUAUAUAUUUUAGCACAGGCUGGACAACGCUUUGCCAUUCCAAACCACUCCAAACCGGGUUAACCAGCCGUGACAUGAGUCGACUUACGUGGAUGUCUCAUGUGAGUGACAGUUCCACAACAAUCUGUUUCCGAAGAGCUGCACUUUUGGUUUACGGCGAGAGAACACGAAAGGAAUAUCUCCUAUAACUUAGAGGAUGGACUUCCGCGGCAGGAGGCAUGAGCGGGGCAGCAACUGGACCGACCCGGAGAUAGUGGAGCUGCUCCAGCUGUGGUCCGAUGAGUCGGUCCAGAUUGAACUGGAGAGCUCGCUGCGCAACCAGCGUGUGUUUGACCGCAUAGCCCACAUUUUGCGUGAAAAGGGCAUUUAUCGCACAGGUGACCAGUGCAGGGAGAAGAUCAAGAAGAUGAAGCUGGAGUACCGCCGCAUCAAGGACAACCACAAAAUGAGGUCUUGGAAGUUUUAUGAUGUGAUGGACAGAGUGCUGGCGAACCGGCCGGCCAUUACCUACUCCUCCUUGGGGGGAGCUGUCAUAGCUCAACAGGUGUUUCAGAGCCCGAGUGGUGGACCCGAUGCAUAUCUGCAGGGAGUUCCAGCUGGCUCUUUUGGUCCUGCUUCCACAGGUGGGUUUUUGUUUGGCCAGCCGCCAAAAACGGGAGAUCCACUGGAUAUAAAAUGUGAAGAUGUUGAGGAGAGCAUGUUAAACACGGGUGUUGCUCCCCCUGAGAUGUACUAUGGGUCUGGAGAUGACCAGGAAACUGACGGGCAAUCUCUGCUGGGGCCAGAGGACACACUGGGUCGAGGAGAGAGCUCAACAAAUGCAAGAAUCUCACCUUCAGGUUUCAGUGACCUGAACAUUGCCACCUCUGCCACAGCUGCCACCCAGGCUGUUGGUGAUCCUGUGCAACUGGACACAUCUGAGCAACCCAAUAAGGAGGGUUCUCAUCCUCAAAAUUCUGUGAGACAGAGGAAGCGUCGCCGGGGUGGGAAAACAUCAUGGAGGCAAGGAGGCGCUAGAUGUGGCAGUCAGGAGAGCCUGGAUAAAGCCCUGUCCAGCUUCCUGAACUGGCAGCAGUCAGCAGAGGAGCGCCUCCUCUGCCUGGAGGAGGCACGUUUGGAGAGAGAGUUGCAGGCAGAGGAGCGCAGGGAACAGCGGGAGGAAAGGAGGGCGGAACAGGAGCGCCAGCACGAGCUCCGCUUGUUCAGCAUGCUCACUGGGGCGCUGGUUGCUGUCAGACAGAAUGCUCCAAACAUUUCGACGACGCCCACCGACCCUCCUGUCUCACCCCAAGCUCAUCUGCCAGCUUCACUGAUGACCACAGCUGCCCCCUCUGUCUCCUCAUCUAUAUCUCAGCCGCCUUCAGAAGCUCCCACGACACAGGCUGUUUCCACUCAGGAGACAACAACAUCAUCAAUACCAUCCACUUCUGUCAAAGCCUGUAAAGUGUCUCAGAAUGUUUUGCAGACGCUGAGAUGUGCAGAAAGUCCCGGGCGUAGUGUGUACCUGUCUAAUCGCGGUAACAGCAUCCGACAGCAUCAAGGCAUUCUCCAGGAAGGCUUUGCCCAGUAUGGGAUGAACAAACACCAUGACACAGACAACCCUGAUGGUAUAAUCAACAUGGGAACCAGUGAGAACAAACUAUGCUAUGAUCUUCUUCACAAACGGCUGACCAAGCCUGACAUGCUCCAUAUUGACCCAUCCUUGUUGCAGUAUUCAGACUGGAGGGGACACACAUUCCUGAGAGAGGCGGUUGCAAAGUUCCUGACUCACUACUGCUGUUCUCCAAGCCCACUCGAAGCCAACAAUGUUGUGGUGAUGAAUGGCUGUGGUUCCCUCUUCUCGUGUAUUGCUGCAGUAAUUUGUGACCCUAAAGAUGCCAUUCUCAUUCCUACUCCUUUCUACGGCGUUAUCACUGAGGAUCUGCACUUGUAUAGUGAUGUUAAACUCUUCCAUGUUCCUCUGGACUGUGAGGUUGAUGGCAAAGACAGUCAACCCUUCCACCUCACUGUAGGGAAACUAGAAGAAGGUCUGAAAAGGGCAAUACAAGAGGGCUUAAUGAUCCGAGCCGUUAUACUGAUGAACCCCCACAAUCCUCUGGCUGAGAUCUACACCCCGAAGGAGAUGAUUGCCUUUUUGGAGUUUGCCAAAAGAAACGAGCUCCACGCCAUUGUCGAUGAAGUGUACAUGCUGACAGUCUUUGAUGAAUCUGUCACCUUUCACAGUGUCCUCAGUGUAGAUCGUUUGCCUGACCCACAGAGGACGCAUGUAAUGUGGGGGAUGAGCAAGGAUUUUGCAAUGGCAGGAGUCAGAAUGGGCACUCUGUAUACUGAGAAUAGAGACCUUGUGGAGGCUUUGGCUCAGCUGGGCUCAUUCCACGGUAUCUCUGGAACCACGCAGCACCAGAUAGCACAACUGCUUCAGGACAGAGAUUGGAUCAGUGAGGAAUUUCUGCCUGAGAACAGAAGCAGGCUGAAAGCUGCUCACUGCUACCUGACAGGAGAGCUGCGGAAUAUGGACAUCCCCUACUUGGACAGGCCUGCUGCGCUGUAUGUCUGGGCUGACCUCAGGAAGUACCUCAAAGAGUCGUCAUUUGAGGAGGAGUUGUCUCUGUGGAGGACUCUCCUCAGACACAAGGUGGUGCUGAGCUGUGGUCAGGCUUUCUCCUGCUCCACGCCCGGAUGGUUCCGCAUCGUCUUUGCCGACAAACAGCACCACCUUCAGCUUGGCCUGAAGCGAAUCAGGGAGGCUUUGAAAGAAACUGAAGAAAAAAGCGCCAGCCCAGAUUCACACUCCAUCAAAGAGGCCAGUGAGGAGAGCAAAAAGUCAGUGAAAGAGGACAGUGCGGAUUCAGACAAUGCCACAGCUGUUAAUUCAACAUCAUCACCCCAGAGCAAGUCAUCAGACCAGCUGACGGAGAAGGCCAGCCCUGUUCCUGACACAGGCUCAUUGGCCACUGAAGAGUUUGUGUUGCUGGACUGCCAAGCAUCGAAGCCCGCAGAGAGUCUAGACUCUCUGAUUGGUACUCUCAGGCAUCAAAUCAGCUCCUCUGAUUGGCUGGAGAAGAACACUCCAGAGCUGUCUGCCGGAGAGGACCCAGAGAUUCUUGAUGUAUUCAAGGCCCUGCUGCAAAGAGCCAGAAAGUAAGCUUAGGAUAAACAGACACGAAUGUAGCUGCCAAAUUUUGAGAGGCAGUACUUAAGAAUCCUCUUGCUCCCUGGGUUUAUGGUGAAAAGCUCAACACAAACACCUGACACAAGGUCAAAUCUGAUGCCCGUUUUUGAGGAGUGAAGAAGGAACAUUAGCUGCAAGACGGCUACAUAGGACAGAAGAAGAAAAGCAAUGCCAGCAAGGUCAGGAUGGAAGAACAGGAAAGAGUACUUCUCUAUCUUGAGGCCUUAUUUUUAAGCUGCUAAGGGAGACGGUUUUCCUUUUUUGUUUUUUGUUUUUUAAUUCAGAGUCAAAAGAUUUAUGGUUAUUUACUCAUUCAAUUGUAAGUGAAUGCCAAAUGUAAAUCAACCAAAAGUAGUCACAUUUGAUUCUUAAGCAUUUCAAGUCUCUAAAUAUGAAUUAUAAUUUUAUAUUAUUUUGAUCAUAUGCACUUUAUUUUAUCAGAAUGUAUUGUACUUUCUGUAAAGUUAAUGAUGGGUGAAUAAAGGAAUGAAUUAUUAUGUCUU